CGACGCAUCGGCGGUCGCGCUUCUGCUCGGCGGGGCGCGGCGAGGUUCCCAUACUUGCUGGGGUUGUUCGGAUUUGAUCUUUCCUUGAAAUGGUAGGACUAGGAAACAGCUGUCGUGGGAUGAAGUCUCCACCACUCCUCAUGGCUGCACUUGUGGCGUGCAUAAUUGUUUUGGGUUUCAAUUACUGGAUUGCAAGUUCUCGCAGCAUGGAUCUGCAGGCUCGAGUCAUGGAUCUGGAAGGCAAAGUCCGCAGGGCGGCAGCAGAGAGGGGUGCUGUGGAGCAAAAAAAGAAUGAAUUCCAAGGGGAACUGGAGAAGCAGCGACAGCAGAUCGACAAAAUCCAGUCCUUGCACAGCUUUCAGAUGGAAAACGCCAACAGAGUACAUCAGGAAGAGAAGGCAGUGCUGAUGAAUAACAUCACAGUAAAUGAUCGACUGAUUCAGAGCCUACGAGAACACUUGAAAGAGUUACAGACAGAAUAUGGAAAGCUACAGCUGGAUGUUUACUGGUUUCAGAAGAACCAGACUAACCUUCAGAGGAAGUUCUCAUAUGACCUGUCGCAGUGUAUCAAUCAGAUGAAAGAAUUAAAAGAACAAUGUGAAGAAAGGAUAGGUGAGCUUACAAAAAAGAGUAGUGAUGUACCACAAAUCAAAGAACACAAAGACUUCACAGAAGAUAGCCAGGUCGAUACUCAACUGUCAGCCUUGAAGCAAACAGGGUUCAAGCAGGCUGACUUGGAACAGCAGAAAACCAGUGAAGAUGUUCCUAAAGCAGCACCUACAGUAAGAGAGACAGACAUGAUGCAGGCUAAAGAAAGAACAGACAGCCUAACCGACAUCAGAAAACAGGAGCCUAAGGCAGAAGAGGAGCAGCUUUCUAGUCAGUUGGAAAAACCUCAAGAGUCACUCAAGGCUACUGCAGAUCACAAGGAGAUGCUGCCUGAGUCAGAGAAGGAGCCAAAUCCACCUGAAGAUGAGAAACGUGUAGCUGGGCAAGAUAUGUUAGAGCCAGCAGCAGAGCAAGCUGCCAGUGAGGAAAUAGAGAGGGAAGAGCUCCUAAAUUACGAUGAUAAGCAGGAUGAUUUGCCCCCUGGAAAGGCUGACAAACAGGAACGUGAAGAAGUGAACCAGGACAAGGAUGUUGAUUACAAUUUAGAUGUGAAUGAAGUUGAAUCAGAAACAGAUAAGCAAGCAGCUCUUGCAGGGAUUGAAAAUGUUCAAAACCCUGAAGAUAUGAAGAACCACUUACCUGACCAUGAUGGACAACAGAAGUUGUGAACAAAGGAAGUUCAUGAUGCAACUGAGUCACCUCUUCAUCCAAAUGCAGCAAUGAUCCAAGUGAAGUGAUCCUAGAAGAUUUUGAUUAUCUUCUAAAGACUUGACUACAGGCCCAAACAAAGUAGUAUUUUCUUGUGAAGUUUUAGUACUGUUGCAGUGGGGAAAAGAUGUAAAUCCCUGGUGGUUUGUUUCAAAGUGGUUUGGCCUCUGCAAUGACUUUCUCCUUCCUAUCAGUUAUAAAAUUGCAAUCAGGUAGCAAUAAAGAUAAUAACUUCGAAGUUGG